AUGCAAUCAAUCACUACAAGAUGUUUUUAUGGCUCUAACCUAAAGACGCUUCAACAGAAUUUUAGGGAAAACAUCGCUGGUUUAACUAACUCUACAGAAAACAGCAACAUAUCACCUGUAGAACAGGUGGUGCAAAAGAGCAAAUGCAUCGAAAAAACAUAUGCUAACACACGAUAUGGAAAGAGAGAUUUGAAGAAAAUAAAAUUUGAUGCUGAUGGAUUCAAGGUACCUCAACAAGAAGCUCCAAACUCUACGACUGUUCAAAACUUCAGAGAAGUACGGUCAUAUAUAGUGCGUCGAGCAGAACUGAUCCGGUUGCUGGAACAAAAUCCAAGAAUCACUUCAUUGCGUCUGCCCAAGCUACCAAGUCAUCUGAGGAAUACAAAGAUCAAAGAGUGGGUCAAUUUUAAAAAGCACCAAGCUGCCCACAAAUCAUGUCACUCCAUAUCAUAUGUCAAUGGAUGUACGCGUAUUCGAAUUGCUGCUAAUCAUCAGAUAGAUAUUCAAAGUUAUUUGAGAAGAGAGGCAGAUAAUCGAUCAAUUGUACCAGCAUAUCAGAGAUCCAAUUGUUCAAAUCCAAGUGUAUCAGCAUUUGAAUCUAACGAUCUAAGUGAUGCACCUACUCAGGCUUCGAAGAGGUUCUGUUUUAGAGAAGAUGCUAUAGGAACGCCAUCGUCAUCUUAUUACCCAAAGUCAAAAGAAUGGAUUUCUAAGUCACAUGGAAAACAAACAAAUGAAUCGUUGGAAGAAGUUUGUCCUAAAGACCUCGUUGAUGAACCUGCAUCCUACGGACUAGAAAUGAUAAGACAGAACUAUGAGGAAUCAACCAAAAGCCAGGUUAAUGAACAAAAUGAUUUAAUAAAUGUAGAUCAUCAUGAUAGCACAACAAUUGGUGCAUGUGAAGACCAUUAUAACCUUCCAAAAGUAAGGACUUUUGAUCGAUCAUAUUUGGAUUCCAUUGGUAAGCUAAACCAUUGUUUUGUAAGUCUUAAACGGAUUGACCAAUCCAGAAACAGAUCUAGUCCUUUGGAACAUGGCUUACAAAGAAACAGGAAAAUAAUACCCUGUUCAGCCAUUUUGGAUCCUUUGCUAAUGGAUGCUAGAAGCAGUAGGUAUAACAACAAAGUCUCUUUCCCAAAAGACAAAACAAACCAUUAUGGAACAAAGUGCAAAUUUCAAGAGCAUGGGAAUGCAUUGGAGAAUUCCCUUAAGCCAUGUUAUGUUAAACUAAAAAGACUGGAUUCGUGGCUAGCAAGUGAUUCAGGUAUAAAAUUACCACUUACUGUUGAAAAAUCUCCGACUGUACCAUAUGGGAUGACAGCUGUCAAAGAAUGCUUUGUGAAGCUUCAUAGGAUGGAAGUUAAAUGCCCCAAUAAAUCAAGAACCACAACAUGUGUGAUGCUACCAAGGGUUCACAGAAGUUCCAAAAUGUGUUAUCAAAAUCAGAAGGGUCAGGAGUUUGGGAAACAGCUAGAUUGGACUGUCUGGGAACCAGAUUUAAAAAGAUGUUCAGUAUUGAUGGAGAGACUAGAAUAA